AUGACACGGCACUCUCCAGUCCACCUGCUGAAGCUUUUCAACUUGCGCACCUACCAACUCGUGCUGGGCGCGGGCGCCAUGCAGGUGGGAGGGGCUUGCAUGGGUGGCAAGCAGGGUGUAGGCCCCAUGCAGGGAAGGGCGACCUGUGUCGUGAUCGCACACGGGGUGGACCGUGGAGGCUGGCUGAAGACCAUCACAGCCAAACACCUCGCACUCUCCAGCCAAUGCAUCUCCCUCGUCUAUGCGCUCAUCCCCGACCUGCGGCGCAUUCUGUCUGCCUUCAUUCCGGACGCGCGGCGAGGGCUCGUGAUAACGCACCUUGACCGCGUGGCGCAGGACUACAGGGUGCACAGGGAUGAGAUCCACAGCAAGCUGGUGGCGAUCAUGAGGGAGCGCCUGCUGGUGCACCUGCGCUCGCUGCCCGCAGUAGCUGACACCUACUGCCGCCCGGACGACUCCCCUGCCGACCAGCAGCCCUCCAACUUCGCCCGCGCUCUCACCAAGGAGGUGGGUGUGCUGCAUCGCAUUCUCUCCCCUCUGCUUCUUGAGGCCGACCUUCGCUCCAUCUUCUCGCGGGUGGUGGCGUUGUUCCACGUGCAGCUCGCCGACUCCUUUGCCAAGAUCGACACGCCCACGCCGCAGUCCAAGCGCAGUCGGCUCAUGCCUGCUUCGCAGCCCAAUGUGGGUGGGAGAGCGUUCUUUUCUUUUUUAUGCAUUGCUGGUUCUGCAGGGUCUCCUGUAUGCUCUUUCCUGUGA